AUGUUGACGCUUAAGUAUCUCUCCAUAAGACCGUACUUCGAGACGGCCCAGGAAGCAAUCGAAUGGGAUAAGCUCCAAAAAAUGAUUGCAACUGUGAAACAAUUUCACGACGAUUUCGAUCGCAUCGUACUGCACAAGGACAUCUACCGUACCUUCUAUUACUACUACCUGCAAGAGAUUCGCUUUCGCAUUAUUGAUAUUUUGAUGAACUUUGCCAUAAUCGAGUGGUGUGAACCGAAGCCAGCAAUCGUCGCUACCGAUCCGUAUGGUUUUCCGAUGCCCGAACCGGCAAAGAAGAGCAAACGGCGAAAGGACGACGAACCGGCAGAAAUCCCAGACUAUACGAUACGCGUGAAGUGCUACAAGGAGAAGUUUCCGUUGGUUUGCUGUGACGAUCAGUUCCGUACAUUGGCCGCACUGCGACUGCACUACUACGCGGUACACGACAAGACGUACCUCUUGCCUGCCACCAGGUGUGAGAUGAAAGCGGCUAUGUUGCGGAUGCUUGUUUUUCGCGGACAGCUGGACGAAUGGAUCGCAUCGGGUAUUGCGUCCAAUAAUGGUUUGUGCUUUUAUUUGACGAAACUGUUGCGCAGAAUCAUCUCUAUUAUACGGUAUUAGGAUUCUGGACAAGUUAAAGAAACCCGCACAGCAUAAGAGGAUAUUCAUUGUUUAUUCAAUUAAAAAUCUGUGCUCGAUAGGAUUAACAAUAUACGUAUAAUAAAAUAGUUAAAACUCUAACGUAUGAUCCAACCGUCUCAAUAUUCGCCGCAAAUUCAGCAAAAGCUCACAGCUCGAAACGGAACCUCCCAGUAUGUAGUCUUGCAGGUGUCGCUCGAAGAAUGAAA